AUGGUUACUCUUGCUACCAUUGGCCAACUAACAUUUAGCCUUUCUUUUUCCUUUUUUGCUGCAUUAAAAUGGAGCAGUAAACCUGACAGGAAGAGGGCAGAAUCCGACUCUAGAAAGAGCAGCAUACCGAACAGUAAGGAGGUCCCUUCACACCACCCAACAGACCCAGUAGAACUGAGGCGCCUUAAUUUUCAAACUCCGGGUUCAGAUGAUUCCGGUUACCCUGGUAACCUUCAUUCUUCAAGUAUGGCUAGCCACCCUCCAAUACCCAUCUUGGAACUUGCAGAUCACAUUGAAAGAUUGAAAGCAAAUGACAACUUGAAGUUUUCCCAGGAAUAUGAG